AUGGUCGCUACCAAUUGGACUGUCACAAAACACGGUGAAACCCUUCUACCGACAAAUGUAGAUGGAGAUGGAGAUGUAGUGGCUUAUGGCUACCGUCGGAGUUGUGAAUAUUUGCGUGCAAGACAAGCAUUUUUAAAUAGCUACCAAUUCUCCGUAGAUAACACUUUUAAGGAGACGGUGAAGAGGUCUGUCAAAGGGUUCCGUGAAGUGGCCAUGGCAGUUGUUUCGCAGAAUCGGGAAGAGAUCAAGUCGAGAAGAAGGUCCAAUGCCAUCCCUACCGCUGAGUUGAUCCUUGGAUUGUCUGCAACGAGGCCUUGUGUGGGUGCUUCAGUUGGCUAG